ACAUUUUAAUAAGUUCCUCAUUCACUCACCUCACCAAGGCGUAGAGAGAAAGAUGAAGUGAAGCUUUUACUCUUCAGGAACUUCAUAUCAAGUCCUUCACCUCUAUCACUUGUGGAGGAGAACAUGACUGGAUCCUGGAGACUAUUUCUGCUCUGUAGUCUCCUGCAAGGUGCUGGGUGCAACGCUGCAGAAUUUGAGGCCCUAAUGCCAGAAAGAGUGACGACACUAAGAGGAUCCUGUGUUACCGUUCCUUGUUCCUUCACCGUGAGGGACGGCUUUGAAGACAAGCUACAUCCUGGAUGUAUAUCAAUAUGGCGAAAAGAUAAAAAAUCAUUCAGUACUACAACAUUAAAGGGAAAUCUAAAAGCGUACAACUGUACUACGACAUUCAAUGAUGUUCUUGAAGACAAUGGUCAAUAUGAUUUAAGAAUUGACUGUGGAGAUCCAUUAAAAUAUAAUUUUGAAGAAAACCCAGUGACCAUCAGGAUCAAGGGGCUCCCUGAUGCACCUCGUUUGACCCCCCCCAAGGAGCCGGUGGUGGAGGGGACUCCUGUGGAGCUGGGGUGCUCUGCCCCGUCCUACUGUGACACCCACCCGCCCACUGUGACGUGGACCCCCGCCCUGGGGCUCAGCACCCAGCUCCAGCAGAACGAUACCGUGACCUCCACUCUGACCUUCAACGCCUCCCACCUCCACCAUGGAAACAAUGUCUCCUGCACUGCAGCCUACUACAUACCAUCUGGGGACAAAACUGUGACGUCUACAAGAUACCAACUCAGUAUCUCAUAUGCCCCCAGGAACACCUCUGCUGUCGGCAGCCCGUGUCUUCCAGCCAGAGAGGGAGGCUGCCUGAACCUAACCUGCUCCAGUCAUGCUAACCCUGCUGUCAGCGAGUUCACCUGGUACCGAAUACACGGAGAACACAUCCUUAAGAUCGGGACUGGAUUUUCUCUGUCCAUCCAGCUGUGGAACGCCAAUAACGUUUUCUUCUGUGAGGUCCGGAAUGACUUUGGCACAGAAAAGUCUAAUGUCUACAAGAUUGACAUUCAAACUCCUCCCAGGAUCCUGCCCUCUUCAGGCUGCAGCAGAAUUGCAGCCUGGGUGCGAUGUUCCUGCGACAGCGUGGGCAGACCAUCACCGUCUCUGGAGUGGUGGUUGGAUGGGAAACUGGUGUUGGGUUCUGAAGACGUGUCUGUUAGCCAGGUCAAGCUGGAGAACGCCACGUUGAGGAGCUCCCUCACAAUGAGGGCCCCUGCUGGUCUGACAGCCUUGACCUGCCACAGCUCCAACGCUGCCGGGAACACCAACCAGGAGCUUCCUGUCCCCCACCUGGAUACACAGCCAACCCUGACAGACCAACUGCCCUGGAUAGCUGCUACUGCAGUGCUAGCCGCGGGUCUGCUGUUUGCAACAGUGUGUGCCGUGAGAGCUUGGAAAAUGGCCAACCGAACAAGACUUGGCAGUGAUGCUCUACUCAACAAAGCUCCACCCAACCAAGGGAACUCCCAGGUGUUCUUCAGAAGUGGGGAGGACAUCUAUGCUAACAUUGAUACACUGAUGAACACGGUCGGACCGAGACAGGAUCCUGUUGGAGCAGGAGAAGAGGCUGCUGGACUGGGAGAGGCUGCUGGACUGGGAGAAGGGGAUGUUGGACUGGGAGAAGAGGCUGCUGGACUGGGAGAAGGGGCUGUUGGACUGGGAGAAGGGGCUGUUGGACUGGGAGAAGGGGCUGUUGGACUGGGAGAAGGGGCCGACUGUGAUGUGGUGUACACAACAGUGAAAUGGAAGAAGAAGUCCUAGAAAAAAGAGAUCUGAGCUCCUGGGGAAGAGACCCUCUGGGGCCCAGGGCCCUAGAGGCCCCUACACUUCCUCUGGGGUGGAUGAGGGAUGAGCUAAGGGCCGGAGGGUUGAGUUAAGGGCUACAUUGAUGGGUAAAGGCUAGAGGGAUGAGUUAAGGGCUACAUUGAUGAGUAAAGGCUAGAGGGAUGAGUUAAGGGCUACAUUGAUGGGUAAAGGCUAGAGGGAUGAGUUAAGGGCUACAGGGAUGAGUUAAUGCUAGAGGGCUGAGUUAAGGGCUACAUUGAUGGGUAAAGGCUAGAGGGAGGAGUUAUGGGCUACCUGGAUGAGUAAAGGGAUGUAGGGAUGAGUUAAGGGCUAGAGGGAUGAGUACGGGGCUAGACCAGGGGCCAUAUUCCCAAAGAAUCUUAGGGUUAAAAGUUAGGGUUAGUGGCUGAUUUAGGAGAAACCCUUAAGAAUAAUGGGCGUGUCAGUCUUAAAUGUUGGACUCCUAAUUGAUUUAAAUUAGAGCAAUUCACAAAGUAUUAUGGGCCCAAAAGUAGAACCCAAGUCUAGGAGAGCUUAAAAGUCCUCGAGAGGACUCCUAACUCAGUAAGACCUAUUCACAAAGAAUCAGAAAAUGGCUGCAGCGAGACAAAAUGUUUUGGAGAUAAUAGAGGACUUCGAAUUGAUAAAGAGAUAUAGGCGUAAGGGUAUCAAACUUGUGGUUGAAUUUGUGAAUAACACCUCGACAUUUAGCAACAGGGAAAAUGCAACUUUGCAAUGCUGACGAUUUAGGAAUAUCGCUGUUAAGGGAAACAACUGAGGACAUAUAAAUAUGUCCUCAGUUGUUGUAUAAAUAUGUAUAUAUAUAGUGUUGAUUCUGAACCCAAGUCCACAGAUUAUUGAACCACUGUGGGGAGCUGUGUAAGGAUGCAGGCUUGCAUAUGUAAAUGAAGGUGCGUUCACAUCAAGCACAUGUUCAGGAUGUAUAAUGCAGUUCUAAGAGAGCUCGGCCGAGCGUAACAUGUAUAAAUGGUAUUGAGAAAAUAUAUCAUAAACCAUGCCCAAGAGCUAAAGAGUUCACGUGUGUAAAGAGUGUAGCGUAUGGGGAAGCGGCCUUCCUUAACGUCAACAAUCACAACAUCAGUGAUGGUUAAAACACACGGGGCUGUAAAGCUUAGAUCGAGUGGUGACUCUUUGUCGCUGGCGUGGUGGAGUAUACGUAGAACGAAUAGUAUUCACUUCAGCCUUAUGACAUAUUUAUUCACCGUUCAGAAGAGCCUACAGAAUACACGACUGGAUGCCGCUCAGUCAUUCAACUACAUCGCUCCAGCUUGACUUGACGCACUCAUCUGCUAGAGCGUAGUGACAUCAUCACGUUACCGUAAAACAUGUAACACAUUGUCAACAGGAUUAUACUGGUACCCUACUACCACAGUUCAUGGAGUAGGGUGCAAUAUCACAUAUUAAAACUUAACAGGGGAAAUGUUACAAAUGAAUCUAUAAUCAUUCUUAUUAAUAUAUUGUAUUAAGUUUGUAAUCAGCUCAGUAGCAAUUGGUCCUGGUACCAGUUGGGCUUUCGCUUGAGUUUCAUGUCUAGGCUUUGCUUUCUUUCAUCAUGAGAGGAGGACUUGAACAGCAGUAUGGGCUGAUUUUAAAGUGUUUGAGUUCUGGAUAAAUGCUCAAUGGAUGAAGUUUG